AUGGCUGCUUCUUUACCACACCCAAAGAUCGUCAAGAAACACUCAAAGAAGUUCAAGCGUCAUCACUCUGACCGUUACAAGAGAGUCGCUGAGAACUGGAGAAAGCAAAAGGGUAUUGACUCUGUUGUCAGAAGAAGAUUCAGAGGCAACAUUGACGAGCCAAACAUCGGUUAUGGUUCCAACAAGAAGACCAGAUUCAUGUCUCCUUCUGGUCACAAGACCUUUUUGGUUUCUAACCUAAAGGACUUGGAAUUGUUGACCAUGCACACCAAGACUUACGCUGCUGAGAUCGCUCACAACGUGUCUUCCAAGAACAGAGUCGUUCUCUUGGCCAAAGCCAAGGCUUUGGGCGUCAAGGUUACCAACCCUAAGGGCCGUUUGGGUUUGUCCGCUUAA